AUGCUUUCUAUCUGGUCCUUACAGCGAAACAUGCGGCUGCUGUUGCUUCUCUUUACAUUUCUAUCUCUCACAUCAUUGGUAGCGGCUACUACACCGACAUCUUUCUGCAAAUGCACUUGUUUCUCCAAUAGUACGAUCAUCCCUCUCAACCCCGCCAAGUCCGAAACCUCCUCCGGCAUCGACCACGUCCGAUUUUACGAGCGCGACACUGUCAGCUCCAAGCUUGAGCAUACCGAAGAAUACAGCAAACGAGCUCCGAAAUACCGAUCCCUGAAUUGUAAUGAUUGCAAUCGCAAAUUCUGUCUCGACUAUGAGCUACCAACAUGCAAAGGCGCUAAGGAGGAAGAUGUGUACACGACUUGCUUCCAGCGUGAUUCACGGAAAGACGAAGCGGUGGUAUUUAUUUUUAUUUUUGCUACAGGUGGACUACUAGCCUGGGCAGCCUGCAAGCCAUGGAUUGAGCGAUAUGUUGAGGCUGCACGAGAACGCAGGUCGUAUAUCCCCGUUGCUGAAGAUCAUUAA